AUGCGCGCCGCAAGCGACUUACAAUCACCCACCAGCGAAAUGGUGYUAUUAACACCAGCCAGUGAAACGGCGCCAAGUGCUACAACAGAAAAUGCCACCGUUGCGGGGAUGAGYAAUGGYGGKGUUGGUGGACAACGUGAAGGAUCCGCUGAAUCGAAUACCAGCGCUGUGCGUAUGAAGAAACAGUUGGGCUUACUUGAAGGUGUUGCUAUCAUAUUGGGUAUAAUCUUUGGUUCGGGCAUUUUUAUAUCGCCCAAAGGUGUGAUACGUGAAGUAGAAGCGGUGGGCACUUCACUUAUUAUUUGGGUGUUAUGCGGUUUGUUGUCGAUGAUUGGCGCGCUUUGUUAUGCCGAACUGGGCACGGCGAUUCCAAAAUCCGGUGGUGAUUAUGCGUAUAUUCUCGAAGCGUAUGGCUCGUUACCCGCUUUUCUCUACCUAUGGGAUGCAAUGAUGAUCUUUGUYCCUACAACGAAUGCCAUUAUGGGCCUCACCUUCGCCUCGUAUGUGCUGCAGCCCUUCUUCGACAAUGAGUGCAGCAUACCGGAGGGUGCAUUACAACUGCUAGCCGCUGUAACCAUCUGCUUCCUGACCUACCUCAAUUCGUGUUAUAUGAAAGUAACGACGAAAAUGCAAAAUGUAAUUAUGUUCACUAAAAUAGCAGCUUUGGUGCUAAUUAUCAUUGUGGGCGUAGUUUGGAUGUGCAUGGGUCACGUGCAGAACUUUGACAAACCCUUUGAAAACACACAGACCGAUCCCGGAAAACUGUCGGUUGCCUUCUACUCGGGCAUUUUCUCCUAUGCCGGCUGGAAUUACUUGAAUUUCAUGACAGAAGAACUGCGUGACCCAUAUAAAAAUCUGCCACGCGCUAUCUACAUUUCAUUGCCACUGGUUACGGCUAUUUAUGUGCUCGCUAAUAUGGCCUAUUUGGCGGUGUUGGCGCCCGCGGAAAUGAUUGCCUCCGAUGCCAUAGCAGUGUCCUUUGGCAACCGUGUGUUGGGUCUAUGGUCCUUCAUUAUACCCAUUAUGGUGGCGAUAUCGGCUUUUGGCGGGCUCUCGGUGCAUAUAAUGACUUCCUCGCGGAUGUGUUUUGUGGGUGCGCGCAACGGUCACAUGCCAGCCAUCUUGUCCAACAUCAGUGUCAAGCAAUUUACGCCGGUGCCAUCGCUGGUCUUUUUGUGCAUUUUGUCCAUUAUCAUGCUCGUCGUGAGCGAUGUUUAUGUGCUCAUCACUUACAGCAGCAUAGUGGAGUCGUUUUUCAUAAUGCUUUCGGUGUCGGCGGUGUUGUUCUUCCGCUAUACUCGCCCCGAUAUGGAACGUCCAAUUAAGGUUUCGCUUUGGAUUCCAGCUGUGUUUGUUGUGAUAUGUGCCUUUCUGGUGAUCGUGCCUGUCUAUGUAGCCCCCUAUGAAGUGGGUAUGGGUGUUCUGAUAACGGUUGUAGGUGUGCCGUUCUACUACGUUGGUGUUGUGUGGAAGGAUAAGCCAAAGAUUUUACAGUCUGCAAUUAACCAAUUCACUUACGCGUGCCAAAAAAUGUUUAUGACAGCCAAAGAGGAGAAAUACGAAUGAUUCCUAUGUUAGAUAAAUACAAUAAUCUUCAUUUCAUUUCCCAUUUGCUUAUUUAUUGCUAUUUUAUGUUGUUGUUGUUUAGUUUUCAAAGAUUAAUACUCACCAAAUAACAUUUUCGUAUGUAUGAAAUUCUGUACAUAUACAAUAGUUUAGGUAUAUAAUUAACAGUGCUUGAUAUAAAGUUGUAAAAUUAAAAAAAAUAUAAUGCUAACGAUGUACCGUAAGCUUUUUGCAGUUUAUAUUUUAUUAUGGCAUUUAAAACUUUUUAAUUAUUGGAAUUGUGUCACAAAACCGUUUCUAAUGCCACUCUACAAAACCUAACCUUAAAUUUGCGCUAWAAAGAUGUUUCACUUGUUCAUAAAAUAAUUGUCCUGCUUUUUCUCUUUCACGUAUUCUUUUUUUAUAUAAGAACUUAUGAUUACAUAUAUUUAAUGGUUUUAUAAUUUAUUUAUUAUAAAUUAUAAAGUUCAAUCGAAAUAUAUUAGUUUAAGUUAUAAAUUGCUUAGAAAACAUGUCUUCGGCGAAGUAAUCGCCUACCGAUAAGUUAGUUGAUGGGCAUUUUCUUUUAACGAAUUGUUUAACAAUCACUUACAAAAUAUUGUAUGUCUUUAGUAAUGCAUUUUGGUUAAAAUAAAAUUACUUUCACACAGGGUUGCUAAUAAGGCAUUCAAAAAAUAAUUGAAUUAACAUUUCACAUCAAGUGUAGGCAACCUAAAAGAGUAACGGAUUUCAUUCUGGUAUACCAAAGGAACAUAAUUGGUCUUUGCCUGCCAGACUAACCUAACCUAACCUAAMAUAUUUUUUAUUUUGUAAUCCCGUAUAUCUUAACUAAACUAAUUUUUAACCUUUUAAUCCCAAAUACCGGGUUUAAAAAACUUUAAUUCCAAAUACAAAUAUAAAGAAAUAUUUUAA